CAAAGGUCAAGGAAGCUUCAUCGAGAAACAGAGACGCUACAGCUAACCUGGAACAAAUGCUCCAAGUAGACCUAAUACAGACCGCCAUCAUGGAGGACGCCAACAACAUGGAGGACGCCAUCAUGGAGGACGCCAACAACAUGGAGGACGCCAUCAUGGAGGACGCCAACAUGGAGGACGCCAACAUGGAGGACGCCAUCAUGGAGGACGCCAACAUGGAGGACACCAUCAUGGAGGACGCCAACAUGGAGGACACCAACAACAUGGAGGACGCCAACAUGGAGGACGCCAUCAUGGAGGACGCCAUCAUGGAAGACGCCAUCAUGGAGGACGCCAUCAUGGAGGACACCAACAUGGCGGACGCCAACAACAUGGAGGACGCCAACAACAUGGAGGACGCCCUCAUGGAGGACGCCAUGAUGGAGGACACCAACAUGGAGGACGCCAUCACAGCUGGGGAACCAGCAGACAGAACAGGCAGCAAGAUUCCCUACAGCUAAAAAGGAAAGGUCCAGU